AUAAGCCUGCGAUAAGACCCCGAUAAGCACACCCACCCGUACUACUACGUAAGUAUUGUACACAGACCCUUAUUACGAGAUCAUGUGAAGUUCUCCAAUCUUCGAACUUUACACUCUUUCAGUCCUUUGAAUAAUUAUAUCACACAAUCAUAACGACAGGUAAAGGUUUCGAGCUACACAGAUACCAUCCGUUACCCGUUAUUCUAAAAACUCAAGAAUAUAUCUAAUCCAGGCCUGUGUGACUAUUCAAGUAGUUGCAGGGCCUCCCAGGUCCAUGCAUUCGCCCGGAAGCCCGCCACGCGACGGAUCGUCCUCUUCAUUUGCGACUCCGUUGAAACGAAAGCCAGUUGGUCCCUCUGAUACUCAUUCUCAUUCUAGACAACAGUCCGAAAACCGACCCGAUCAGAAGCGUACUAAAUUGAACAACACCUCCGACCAAGUCGUUUCGAGAAUGAGCAAAGUAGCGGGCAAACGCCCCGAACUCGUCGAUCUGACGAAGCCUCGCACUGCUUUCCAACCCCACAAGGGCGCAAAGAAGCUUGUCAUUAAAAACCUGCGAACGACCUCACACACUCAUGAUCUGGAAAAAUAUUACGACGCCACGAGAAAAGAAUUACUCGAAGCUCUACAAGCCAUAUUCGAGCAGAAGCAACCCCGCCAACCGCUUGAAAGACUUUACCGAGGGGUAGAAGACCUGUGCAGACAUGGAGCAUCCAGAGAACUGUAUGAGACGCUACGAGAGCGAUGCGAGACCUAUUUGAAGAACGACCUCCAACGGUCCAUAGUAGCGGAGGCCGGCUCCUCCAACGUUGAUGUAUUAAGAAGUACUUACAAACACUGGGUUAUAUGGAAUGCUCAAUCGACUACAAUUCGAUCAGUAUUCAGCUACCUCGAUCGAUCGUUUCUACUAAGCAGCAAGGAGUUCCAACAGAUUAACGACAUGGCUAUAACGCUAUUUAGGAGAACGGUAUUCGUUGCCUCACAGCCGUCAAGUCGCGGCCCAGGUGCCAAGACGCUCGCUGGGAUGUGUGAUUUGGUAGACUACGAUCGAAGAUCCAACGCCCAGUUUGAUCCAGCUUUGCUACGAGAUUCCAUUUCGAUGUUACAUAUCCUGAACAUCUAUGGGAAAUCAUUCGAGCGACGCUUCUUAGAUGCUUCCAAGAAGUAUUUCGAGGAGUUCGCCGAUGAGCAAAGCAGUGCAUCUCUGAAAGUCUACAUUUCUAGCUGUGAGAAACUAAUUGCACGUGAAGAUUACCGUUGUAAUGCAUACAAUUUUGACAGCACGACGAAGAGGCAAUUAAUGGAAGACGCCCAUGCAAUUCUGAUUGACAGCUAUUCCGAAAAGCUCCUUGACAGUGGUAGCAUCAGCAAGCUCUUGGACGAAAAUGCUCUGGAUUCCAUGAAGGCCCUAUAUGAUCUCUUGCGCUUAUCUGGCAUACAAAAGAGGCUAAGGCAGCCAUGGGAGGAAUACAUUAGAGAAGCAGGCGCAGCUAUUGUUAACGACACUUCUAGAGGCGACGAAAUGGUUAUUCGACUACUCGAGUUCAGAAGAUCCUUGGAUCUCAUGAUUCGAGACGCUUUUAACAGAGAUGAUGAAUUCACUUACAGUAUGCGGCAGGCCUUUGGUAGCUUCAUCAAUGAUCGGAAAGUUCUGUCCACUUGGAAGACUGGAACCUCCAAAGUUGGCGAGAUGAUUGCGAAGUAUAUCGACAUGCUACUCAGGGGUGGUUUAAAAACUCUGCCAAAAUCACUCCUUUCUGAUGCCCAAGACCGUGUCGAUGCCGAGCAAAACGGUCUGGCUAGUACCGGUGAUGAGGAUGCAGAAUUGGACCGGCAAUUAGACCAAGCCCUGGAGUUGUUCCGAUUUAUUGAGGGCAAAGAUGUCUUCGAAGCGUUUUAUAAGCAGGACUUGGCCCGACGCCUCUUGAUGGGACGUAGCGCGAGUGCAGAUGCGGAGAGAAGUAUGCUUGCGAAGUUGAAAAAUGAAUGUGGCUCCAAUUUCACCCACAACUUAGAGCAGAUGUUCAAAGAUCAGCAGAUCGCACGCGACGAGAUGGCUUCGUAUAAAUCCUGGUGCGAGGGAACCGGACACAGCAGGAGCAGCUUAGACCUCAACGUGAGCAUCCUGUCUGCAGCAGCAUGGCCUACAUAUCCAGAUACUCAGCUCGUCCUCCCAGAGGAUGUUGCGACGCAAAUCGAGCGCUUCGAAUCAUAUUACACCAACAAGCACACAGGAAGGCGUCUUACGUGGAAGCAUUCACUCGGCCAUUGUGUCGUUAAAGCGCGUUUCGGAAAGGGGCCGAAGGAACUACUGGUUAGUGCCUAUCAGGCCGUUGUGUUGACGCUAUUCAACCAAAUUGAGGAUAAGCCGGACGGGUUUUUGGCCUAUCAGCAGAUCGCAGAGAACACUGGUCUGAGUGGACCAGAUCUGGAUCGUACCUUGCAGUCUUUAGCGUGCGGGAAAACCCGCGUUCUCACGAAGCAUCCAAAAGGGAGAGACGUAAACCCAACAGACACUUUCACGGUUAACAAGGCGUUCUCCGACCCUAAAUACCGCGUGAAGAUUAAUCAGAUUCAACUUAAGGAAACGAAAGAAGAGAAUCAAGAAACUCACGAGCGAGUCGCCCAAGAUAGACAAUUUGAAUGCCAAGCCGCGAUUGUGAGAAUCAUGAAGAGCCGCAAGACCAUGACCCACGCCAAUCUCGUUGCGGAGGUAAUCAACCAGACCAAGAGCCGAGGUGCCAUUGAACCGUCUGAGAUUAAGAAGAAUAUCGAGAAGCUAAUUGAGAAAGAUUACCUCGAACGAGAAGGAAGCUCAUAUACGUAUUUGGCAUAGAUGCUACCAUCCGGACACUAAUACGAUGAUGGUUGGCUACUAGACUUUGGUCCUGUUGAACUAUAACCAAGAUCUGAAGGUACAGUAAUAGUGUGCAUUCGGAACGAUCAACCAACCUUUGCUUGAUUAUGGACCUUGAUCAGUGGUUUUAGACAAGUAAUGAACCUCGACGCGAUAUAUUUAUCAGUCAUGAGUCUCUGUAAAUGCGUGUAUUUAUCUUAAUUCUAUGGCCAAUGUUGCUGACCUGCUUGUAAGAAAC